AUGGCCCCGCACGAAGGUUUGGUUCAUCCAAAGGAAUACGAUUGGCGUGACAGCAAUGUCGAGCUCAUUGGCUCCGACAUUGACCAUCGAGUCAAAUACAACUCUGCAGCUUCGGAGCCUGCAUGGAAUGAUGGCCAGGUUGGCAGCGUUGCCGGUUUGUACAUAUGGCGCAUUGAGGACUUCCAGGUCGUCCCGUGGCCCAAAGAAAACCAUGGACAGUUUCAUGAGGGCGAUAGCUAUAUCGUCCUGCACUCGUACAAGCUAGGAGAUAAGAACGGCGAACAGAAGCUGGGCCACGAUAUCUUCUUCUGGCUGGGUACGAAGACCUCACAAGAUGAAGCUGGUACUGCUGCUUACAAAACAGUUGAGCUAGAUGAAUUCCUACAUGGCGUAGCUACUCAACAUCGUGAGCUGCAGCAAGAACUAUCCGAUGAUUUCGUGGCGCUAUUUCCAAAGAUUUCCAUCCUGUCAGGCGGCGUUCAGUCUGGCUUUACACAUGUGGAGCCUGACGAGCAACGAAAGGAGGUCUUACUGCUUCUCAGAAUCUUUAAACACCCCUCCGCUAAACGCGCAGAUUCAAUCAUGGUCUAUGAAGUUGAGCCCACCUGGAAAAAUUUGGACGAGAACGAUGUCUUCGUUCUGGAAAAGAAUGACAAAAUCUGGGUUUGGCAGGGCAAAAAUUGCAGUCCGAUGGAAAAGGCGAAGGCCGCGCAGGUUGUGCACGAUAUGACAAUCGCCAAGCAUAUCGACGUUGAGGUGGUUUCUCAGUCCGAGUCAAGGUCACAUGCAAUUGUUGCCUUACUCGGUGGUGAGCUAGCUGACGUGACAAGUCUCACGGCUCAACGGCCCAUUCUAUCGCCAAACAGAGCAGAACACCAGCGACCGCGCCGGCUGUUUCGACUUUCUGACUCAUCUGGACAGCUGUCUUUUCAUAUUGUCAAGGAUGGUCAAAGCAUAAAGAAAUCAGACCUUGAUAGCAAUGACGUCUUUCUUCUAGACACUGGCUCGAACAUAUGGGUUUGGCAAGGUUCAGGGGCUAGCAGAGGAGAGAAGGCCAUGUGGAUCAAAGUGGCACAACAUUAUGUUCGUCGGUUUGCCAGCUCGGACGAAGACAUGGAAGCACGAGCCGGCCCUGUGUCCAAGGUAGUUGAAGGUUAUGAAAGCCCGGCAUUCCUGACCGCUCUUGAAGCCUGGUAG